UAAGCUCAUACACGGCAAAAGAAGUUGCAGAAACCAAUAACGGCUCAUUUCCGUACGCGAAUUUUCAGUGACAACCACUGGAAGACUCUCUCCCUGAUUAAAAACGACAUUAACAUGUGAUGAGGGAUCUAUUUUGUAGAGGAAUGCUAGCUCUCUAUGGAAUUAACUACAGAAAUUACAUGUUGUGCUUAAUGAAAUAAUUAUGACACAAACAUGACACGUGUUCAUAUAAUAAUGACAAAAAUAACAAAUUAAUUGACUGGUACAAAAGUAAAGUGAACAUGAACCGUUUCUUAUUUUUUACAGCAAAAACUAUCAGAUGUUGAAAUGGCUUCAAUGGAUUUGUUUCAAAUACUAAUACGGAUACAUAUACUUGUUUACAUCUCUAUUAUAAACGUUAGUUGCACGGAACUUUGGGAGGAAUGGUGGGGUUAUAAUGGAAUGUCAGGUCCUCAGUUCUGGGGAACACAUAAUAAAAAUUGGUCUCUUUGUGGCACUGGAAAAUUCCAAUCUCCAAUAGAUAUUGAUCCUGAAAAACUUGUUUUUGACCCAAACCUCACAAAAUUAAAAUACGAUGACAGUAAGAUCAACGGAUGGCUUGUGAAUACUGGAAAUGAUCUAAUUAUUGAAGUAAAUAAGGCAAAGAACAGUUCAUCAUUUGUAUUUACAGGAGGGCCUCUCUCCUACAAUUAUAGACUAGAUCAAAUUAAAAUCCAUUUCGGUAUAUACGACGAAAUUGGUUCUGAGCAUACUAUUGCAGGAAAACAGUUUCCUGUUGAGUUUCAGAUAAUUGGAUACAACAUAGAUUUGUACAAAAGUUUUAACGAGGCUUCCAUGGCAACGCACGGUAUUGCCAUAAUUACAAUGCUUGGUGCCAUAGAUGAUAUAACCAAUUUUGAGUUUGAUAAAAUUCUUACAGCUGCAAAACAUGUUCGGCACCGAGGUCAGAGACAUAUGAUAGAGGACUUUGCUUUAACUGAUAUUAUACCUUCCUCUAGCUUUUAUAUUACGUAUGACGGAUCGCUUACACAGCCUAGCUGUCAGGAAACAGUCACGUGGAUUAUUAUUAACAAACCUUUACGCAUAACUGAUCAUCAGAUAGCAGCGUUACGAGAUUUGAAUAAAUGGAGUCAAAAUGAGCAUGAUAAAGGACCAUUAGUAAUUAAUAACUUCCGACCACCACAGUCUUUAAAUAGGCGUCCUGUAAGAACUAAUAUAAGUCCACAUGUUGAGAGUAAAGACUGUGCAGUCAAGAUCACAAAAUCGUACAGAGUGAAUAGUCGUCUGAUAGGGUUAUGACAAAGUGUUGAGCUAGAGAAGUGCCUCCAAGUAUCUGCUUAUAAUACAUUCGUUUAGGAUAUUCGUAUGGUGCUUAGAUAUCUAAAACAAAACUAGUUCAACUGCUGUAUGUACAAACUGUGUAUCAGUAUUAAUUUUGUUUAUUGUCAACAUAAGAUACGGAUGUGAGGCGGAAGUUAAAAUUGUCAAAAUCACGUGUCUGGAACGUUAAAGAAUGUCUAGAAAUUGCCUUAGAUAUGAAACCAUUGGUAGACAGGAAACGAAAGAACUGGAAUAUAAUAAGUGUAUUUUUAAUAGUGCUAUGCAAUGUGAAAUAAAGCGCUUUGUUUGUACACGUGUACAUAAAAAGUACGUUAGCCUUAAUAUGUAUCAUAUACAAUUUAGCUCUUUAUGGUGAUUUACAUAUAUAUAUAUAUAUUGUAUAAGAAUAUUCAUUUUUAAUAAAAUGGCAGACAACAAAUACUGAAACGGCAUAGACAAAUGAUGCACUACUUAAUUAUAAAUGAUAAAUACAAAAAUUGGAAAGAAAAUAGCGAUAAUAAUACCAGUUAUGAUUAUUUUGAAUGGGACAUAGCUGUUAACAUUUAUCAUUCUUUGAAAUAACCUUUAUUUAUGAAUUAACGUAUUAACCCAUUUACAUUUCAGUACAGUUUAUAAAUAAUUAUAUUUAAAUCAUCAAUUGUCCCACAAUUAUAUAAAUUUGUAUUCUUUUAAAGAAAACAACAAAAAUUUAAUUCAGGACAAAUGUUAUUCAGGUCAGUUUAUUCUGAAAUAUAUACGAUUGCCAUUGUACUUAAGCGCUCAAUUUAAUUAUUCAUGCAUUUGCAACUGUUAUAGUUCAAUGUUGUUUUUUAUAUUCGAAUGGGAUCGUUUAAGUGCCUCCAUUUAGCCAUCAUGGUGGAUCAUAAUAUAGAAGUCGCCUGACUUUAAUUCAAUUUGAUUAGAUGUUUUAACACAACUGCAAUUGUUUUGUUCACAAAAAUUAAUAAAGCAAAAACUUUUCUCGUUAUACUUGGCGGCGAGAAGGUAUCUUUUCAUCUAUUGAAAAACAUGGGUUUUUUAUUAGACAAAAAUUAGUCAGGAGAAAAAAAAUUCAAGCAUUUUGAGAAAAGAGACAAAAUGACAAAAAUGGUAUUGUCUUUAUGAAAACAAUAAAUUGAUUUGUGUUAAAAUAUAUUAUCAAAUCGUCGACUUACACUUCACGAUCGCACUUAACGGAGGCCAUUUUACGUUUCCGUAAAUUCGAAUUAGUGUUAGUUCUAUUUUUUGCUGCAAUUGUAUAAACAUGAUUUAUAAUCUAGUUAAUGAUGUUGUAGUCUUUUGAGUAGGUACAUGUUUAUUUUAUAUAUAACACAUGAUUAUGUUUAUUAGCAAAUGAAUGAGAAGUCAAUUUCACAACAUUCAAUAAAAAAAUUUGACUUCUGUUAUAUUCAAUUUUGUCAAUAUUCUAUUAAGUCUUUCUUUUUUAAAUCAUUAUACGUUUUGUAAGUAGAAUCGCUGUUUGAAAUGUGCCAUACACGUGUACAAAUAAUAAUUAAAGGUAUAUGUACAUUGUA